UUUAACCUGAAUUUUCUGAUCGUUACUUUUGCUUUGUCGAAUUUUUUCAACUUCCACGUUGCUCACGUUUCCCCAUUUUCUCUUUGAUGAAGUAACUUCCAACCACUCCUUAUAAAGUCUCACCCAUUGAGAAAUUAACUGCCCAAUUCGUUUCAAACUAUUUAAAAAAAGAAUUCAACUUUUCAGUUUGGAGAACUCUGGUGCUUCUUGAGAUCUUUCUGGGGAAAACUUCUCUUUCUUGUUCAGUGAUUAACGCGGUUGCUGCUGGAGAUAAGAGUGACGACAAGGUGAAAGGUUUUUUUAAAAGUUUCCGUUGAAGGAUAGAACGUUCCCCUAUGCUGGUGCUGAGGACUUAGAGCGUUCGAGCUCUGACUCGAAGGAAGACGUAAGGAUUCUUGACGAAACUUUGGCCAUGACUUAGGUGACGUCUUAUUUUAAUGUGAUUUUUGGGACCCUUGCCUAUUCAGACGCUUCAAUUUACUUCAGAUGCAGCCCAUUAUUCUAAGACCAGAGUCAAUUCCAUGUCUAUGGAAGAAAUGCUUGAGAAGGCUAAAAAGAAGUGGAAGCAGACAUCUAUUGCCCCUGCAUCUUCCACUGCUGCUGAGGUAGUCCUUGACGCCAAGCCUAUUGAUUUCAGGGUUUCCGAGAAGAAACCUAAGAAAAAACCUGCUGAGAAGGUUUCCAACGCUCGUUCUGCUUCUUCUUCCAAGGAUAAACAGAUUAAGGAAGAGGAAUAUGAAGUCAGGGUUCCUGCCAGUUUUCUAUCUGGGGAGCCAAAUGCUGCGUCGCUGUGGCCUACCACUGAAAAAAUAUUUUUCACUGGUUCUGCGAAGCGUCUAAGUCACUUCAAGCCUCCUGAAAUAGUGGGGGAAGCUAUCAACCUGCAAUUGAAUGUAAGGGCGUUGUCUUUUCUUCCUAUCUCUUGCUGAAUGCCUUAUAGUUCUUUUAACUUCACUUUGCUUUUUGCAGG